AUGAGCAGCUUCGGGCAGAUCCUGAAGGAGAUCGGAGAGUUUGGUUUAUUUCAGAAGCGUUUAGUCGCUGUGUUAUGUAUUGCCAACAUUUUCUGUGCUUAUGAACAGUUUGGACAAGUGUUUACAGGCAUGAACUUCCCUCAUCACUGUAACACUGACUGGAUCCUGGACCGAGGACCCAACCUGACUGUGGAGAGACAGAUAAAUCUCACCAUCCCUGUGAACAAAGAUGGAAAGUAUGAGAGCUGUGAAAUGUUUACACCUGUGGAUUGGGAUUUGGAAAAGAUUGAAGCAUUUGGGAUUAACACAACAACAGGAUGCAUAAAUGGAUCAGACUACGAGACACCCAAAGGGUCCACCAGCAUCGUGACAGAUUUUGAUCUGGUGUGUGACAGGAGCAGUCUCAUUGAGGUUUCACAGUCCAUAUUCAUGGUCGGUUUCCUGGUUGGAGCGUUGGUGUUUGGGCUGAUGGCUGACAGGUUUGGUCGACGCUUCGUGGUCCUCCUCUCGCUCCUUCAGCUACUGCUGUGUGGUGUUGUUGCUGCUUUCUCACCCAACAUCUAUGUCUACAUCGUUAUAAAAUUCUUAGGUGGCAUGUCAAAUUCUGGAAUCGUUAUUAAUGCAUUUGUCAUAGGUGGAGAAUGGAGUGAUUCUUCCAAGUUUGCUCUCUGUAGCUACAUCUGCUCAUCUACAUUUCCUCUUGGACUGAUGGUGAUGUCUGGCUUUGCCUAUCUGAUCCGUGACUGGAGGAUCCUGCAGCUGGUGCUCUUCUGCCCUCUUGUCCUUGUUCUGGGACUCUUUUAUUGGGUUCUUCCAGAGUCAGCUCGCUGGCUCCUCACCCAGGGCAGGAAGAAGGAGGCCAUAAAGGAAAUCUGCAGGGCAGCUAAGGUGAAUGGGAGGAAGGUCCCAGAAGACCUGAUAGAGAGGCUGGAGGAUGCAGGAGCAUACAAAAGAGGAAACAUGUUGGACAUCUUCAGGAUCUCCUACCUGAGAAAACGUACUCUUGUAAUGAGCUUCAUCUGGUUUGCAACUAGUCUGACGUACUAUGGACUGAGCCUGAAUGUCGGCAACUUUGGUCUGGAUAUCUACCUCACGCAGUUCAUCUUUGGUCUAGCAGAAGUUCCUGCAUGUCUGGGCACUUUACCACUCAUCCAGCACUUUGGGAGGAGGAUAUGUCAAGCUGGGAUGCUGAUCUUUGCAGGUUGUGCUUGUCUUGGGAUACUUGUGAUUCCAAAAGAUCUUCCUCAAGUCGUAACAGCCUUAGCUGUUCUUGGAAAAUAUGCAGCUACUGCCAGUUUCACAAUAGUCUAUGUUUACACAGCAGAACUAUACCCCACUGUUGUUAGGCAGAAUGGUUUAGGUCUGAACUCCAUGUGUGCUCGUUUGGGGGGAAUCCUCGCUCCACUGGUCAGACUCCUGGACGUCUACCAUUACACCAUCCCCAUGCUACUAUACGGCACCGUCCCCAUUGCUGCUGGAGGUUUCUGUUUACUACUGCCUGAAACCUGCAAUGUUGAACUGCAGGACCACACUGAACCAAGGGAACCUGAGAAUGGAGCUGCUGAGAUUUUAUGUAAUUUAGAAAAGAGCACAAAAUUGAAAGACUCGUUUCCCUCCCUGGGUCAGUGGUGGGAGGUUGGCAAGGGUCAAAUUAAGGUCUUCUGCCAGCAGUACACAGCAUACGCUACAAGAAACAUUAAAAGAGCGAUGGAGCAGUUGGAGGAAGACAUUAAGGAGCUGGAGAGCGAGAAGGCCAAAGGAGCUCUGGUCCGAGCUCGGUUCCAGGAAUUAAAAGACAUAGAUGCACCUACCACGUUCUUUUUUAACCUGGAGAGAUCCGUGGCCCAGGGGAAGCAGAUGGUGUGUCUCCAGCUGCCGGAUUGGAAUAUUACAUCUGAACCAGCAGAGAUGAGGAGACACGCGGUGGACUUUUAUACCGACCUGUUUGGGGCAGAGGAAACUCGGCUGAAAGGCCUGCGUCUGCCAGAGCUGCCUCAAAGUCCCCCUAUAAAAAUAUCAGCUUAUGCUGACGAUGUAAACAUUCUUGUCCGGGAUCAGGGGGACAUACAGGAAUUAGAGGGCAGUCUGGCAUUAUAUGAGAAGGCUACGACAGCCAAGGUGAACUGGGAAAAGAGCGAGGCAUGUGUGAUUGAGGGGGGCCAUGGACUGACAGACAUCAUCUCCAGGACUGCUGCUUUCAGACUGCAGGCAGCCCAGAGGUACGGCUCCACACGGUGCUGGUCGGCUGUGGCCCGCCUGCUGCUCUGGAGAGCCGGGGGCCUCGGGUACGACAAACAGCUGUUCCUGUUAAACUCUCCUCUACACAGACUGACUGGGCUCAGUAAUUUUUAUACUUCUGUGAUAGAUGCCUGGAGGACUCUCACCAUCACAAGGCCUCCUGACCCCACGCCUAGGAUGUGGCUCUUUGAGGAGCCACUGUUCAACAAUGGUUUCCUGGUCCUAACAUCUACAUCCUCAUCAACGACAAUACAAAACAAGUUCAGGGAGGCAGGAAUAGGGAAGCUGGGCCACCUGACACGGACAUCACUGGAGAGGCUGGGGGGCGGUGACGGGGAUAAGAUCUACCAGGAUGGUGCGGAGCCUUCACUGGCCCAGCCUCUUCGGACCUUCGCCCAGAGCCAAAGCCAGGCUGACCAGUGGACAAGAACAGAAGAAUACCAGUUUCCUGUCCUGAAUGUGAGUCCUGCCGUGGGGGAGUGGAGAGAAGAGAGCGGCCGACUGCUAACCAUCAGGACUCCAGCACUGGGCCCUUUCAACACCUCUGCAGGGAAACAGCUCUACUGCAGCUGUGUGAAGGUCCUGCACUGUCGCUCUCUUGAAGGAAACAGGUUCGAGUACACAACACGGGCGGCCGGGCAGGCCCGACGUCGCGACUCUCAGGGUCAUGGAGACCCCGAUCGGAGAGACGGCCCUCAACACGGGCGCCAGCCUGUGGGACGCCGAGGGCGGCCGCACGAUAUUCCGCGCCACGAUACCCCUCAAGGUCUUUCACACAUGCUCCAGACUGCUGCGCUUCGACGACCGCAAGACGAGACGCGCGAGAACGUGGUGCUGCUGAGCACGCAGCACUCGGAGGCCGACUGCAGCGACCGCGCGGACGGCUAA